CCACCUGACACAGACGGAAGCCGGCGGGGUCCGGGCAGGUCCUGGAAGGAUGAGCGGCUCCAAUGUAAAGGUGGCGGUGCGGAUCCGGCCCAUGAACAGGAGAGAGUUGGACCUUCAUACAAAAUGUGUGGUGGACGCAGAAAACAAUCAAAUCAUCCUUUAUCCCUCAAACACCAACUUGUCCAAAGGGGAUACCCGGACACAGCCAAAGGUCUUUGCAUACGAUCACUGCUUCUGGUCUAUGGAUGACUCUGUUACUGAAAAAUAUGCAGGUCAAGAUGUUGUCUUUGAGUGCCUUGGGGAGCAUAUUCUUCAGAAUGCCUUUGAGGGUUAUAACGCGUGUAUUUUUGCCUAUGGACAGACUGGUUCUGGGAAGUCCUACACGAUGAUGGGCACAGCUGACAAACCUGGGUUGAUCCCAAUGCUAUGCAGCACACUCUUUGAAAGGACACAGAAGGCAGAGAAUGAAGAACUAAGCUUCAAAGUAGAAGUAUCCUUCAUGGAAAUAUACAAUGAGAAAGUCCGGGAUCUGUUGGACCCCAAAGGGAAUCGUCAGUCUCUUAAAGUGAGAGAGCACAAAGUGUUGGGCCCAUACGUUGAUGGUCUUUCCAGGUUGGCAGUAGCCAGUUACAAGGACAUAGAAUCUUUGAUGUCGGAGGGUAACAAAUCACGUACAGUAGCUGCAACCAACAUGAACGAGGAGAGCAGCAGAUCCCAUGCUGUGUUCAACAUCAUCCUCACACACACUCUUUGUGACGUUAAAUCAGCGACAUCAGGUGAGAAAGUCAGUAAGCUGAGCUUGGUAGAUUUAGCGGGCAGCGAAAGAGCCACAAAGACAGGGGCAGCAGGGGACCGUUUGAAAGAAGGAAGCAACAUCAAUAAGUCCCUCACUACUCUUGGCCUGGUUAUCUCUGCCCUAGCCGACCAAGGGGCUGGAAAAAACAAGAACAAAUUUGUACCUUAUCGUGACUCUGUGUUAACAUGGCUGCUUAAAGAUAGCCUUGGUGGGAACAGUAAAACUGCCAUGGUUGCCACAGUUAGUCCUGCAGCUGAUAAUUACGAUGAGACACUUUCCACACUCAGGUACGCGGACCGGGCCAAGAGCAUUGUAAACCAUGCUGUUGUAAAUGAGGAUCCCAAUGCUCGAAUUAUCCGAGAGCUGCGAGAGGAGGUUGAGAAACUAAGGGACCAGCUUACCCAGGCAGAGUCUAUGAAAGCCCCAGAAUUGAAAGACCGUUUACAAGAAUCUGAAAAGUUGAUCCAAGAAAUGACAGUCACUUGGGAAGAGAAGUUGAGAAAAACAGAGGAAAUUGCUCAGGAGCGUCAGAAGCAGCUGGAAAGUCUUGGCAUUUCACUUCAGUCUUCUGGGAUUAAAGUUGGAGAUAAUAAAUGUUUUUUAGUCAAUUUAAAUGCCGAUCCAGCUCUCAAUGAGCUCCUGGUAUACUACCUUAAGGAUCACACGUUGAUUGGAUCCGAUGACUCCCAGGAUAUCCAGCUGUGUGGUAUGGGCAUUUUGCCUGAGCACUGCAUCAUAGACAUCAAUCCUGAAGGACAAGUCACACUGACCCCAAUGAAAAACACCAGGACAUUUGUAAAUGGCUCUCAGGUCAGCGAGUCCACACCGCUCCAACACGGUGACCGAAUACUCUGGGGAAAUAACCACUUUUUCAGAAUAAGUUUACCGAAGAAGCGCAAGUCUGAGCGGGAUGAAGAACGAGAAAACAAUCUAAAGAACAGCAGCAGCUUCGAGCAACUGGAUGCAGAUGGGGACACAUCCAGCGAAGUCUCCAGUGAGAUCAACUUCAACUAUGAGUAUGCCCAGAUGGAAGUGAUGAUGAAAGCCCUGGGAAAUAAUGAUCCCAUGCAGUCCAUCCUGCAGAGCCUGGAGCAGCAACAUGAGGAAGAGAAGCGCUCGGCACUGGAACGCCAGAGGCUAAUGUAUGAACAUGAGUUAGAUCAGCUGCGCCGCAGGCUGUCCCCUGAGAAACACCAGUACAGAAGCAUGGACAGGUUCUCUAUAGGAUCUCCUAAUGCUCAACAACGCAUCAGACAAUGGACAGAAGACAGGGAGGCCAUGUUAAACCAAAGUCUGGGAAAGCUCCGGGCGCAAAUAGGCAAAGCAAAUAUGUAUGUCCAGGAGGCCAGCUACAUAGCCGAAGAGAUGGACAAAAGGACGGAGUAUAAACUUACUCUGCAGAUUCCAGCAUCUAGUCUUAAUGCCAAUAGGAAGCGAGAUGCUGUCCUAAGCGAACCUGCCAUCCAGGUGAGGAGGAAGGGAAAGGGUAAACAAAUUUGGUCUUUGGAGAAGUUGGAGAACCGUUUGGUGGACAUGAGAGACCUAUACCAAGAGUGGAACGAUUGUGAUGAUGACAGCCCAGUUAGCCGAUCGUAUUUUCGCCGCGCAGACCCUUUCUAUGAUGAGCAUGAGAAUCACAGUCUAAUCGGAGUUGCCAAUGUUUUCCUGGAAUGCCUUUACUUUGAUGUGAAACUUCAGUACGCUGUCCCAAUCAUCAAUCAAAAGGGAGAGAUUUCAGGUCGCCUGCACGUGGAACUGGUCAGAGUGAGCGGAGACAUUGGAGAAAGAAUCGCUGGAGGUGAAGACUCUGCUGAUGUUUCAUAUGACAGUGAUACUCAGGAACGCAAAUUAGUCUGCAUGCUUAAAAUACUUCAGGCCACUGGUCUACCUCAACAUCUCACUAACUUCGUGUUCUGUCAGUAUUCCUUCUGGGAUCAGACAGAUCCGGUGACAGUGGCACCGGAGGUGGAUCCCUACACGUCAUCGCCCAUCAGCAAGGAUCCCCAGUGCAUGGUCGUCUUUGAUUACUUUAAUGAACUUACUGUUAACAUCACAGAAGACUUCCUAGACCAUCUCUCAGAAGGAGCUCUGGCAAUUGAGGUUUAUGGCCAUAGACAGAGUGACCCCUGCAAGAAUCCAGCCCUGUGGGAUCUGGGAAUAAUUCAAGCAAAAACUCGGAGUCUUAGAGACAGGUGGAGUGAGGUCACGCGGAAGGUAGAAUUGUGGGUUCAGAUCUUGGAACUGAAUGAGAAUGGAGAGUAUUGUCCCGUGGAAGUGAUCCCAGCAAAAGAUGUUCAAACAGGCGGUAUCUACCAGCUUAAACAGGGACAGUCUAGGCGCAUUCAGGUAGAGGUGCGAUCAGUCCAAGACUCUGGGACACUACCUCUGAUAGAGGACUCCAUUUUAUCUGUGUCCACUGGAUGUGUGAAAAUAGUGCAUGUUAAAUCAGGAAAAGCACCAGACUUCCAGGAUGAAGCAGAUGAUGUUGACAGCUACCAGGACAGAGAUCUAGAGAGACUGAGGAAAAAGUGGCUGAAUGUUUUGACCCAACGCCAAGAAUAUCUAGAUCAACAGCUUCAAAAACUUGUUAGCAAACCAGAUAAAACAGAAGAUGAUGCUGAUCGCGAAGCCCAGUUGUUGGAAAUGAGACUUACGCUAACCGAAGAAAGAAAUGCAGUCAUGGUGCCUUCGGCAGGAAGUGGAAUUCCUGGGUCUCCUGCAAACUGGACUCCAGCCCCAGGAAUGGAAACGCACAUCCCUGUGAUAUUCCUUGAUCUUAAUGCUGAUGACUUUAGCUCCCAAGAUAACCUGGACGAGUCUGAAGCAGCUGGAUGGGACGCCACACUCACUGCGGAAGAUGAGGAUGAGUUCUAUGAGCUGCAGAUUGUGAAGCACCACGAGAGCGAGGUGAAGGCUGAAGCCUCUUGGGACUGCACAGUCCAUAAUUGCUCUCAGCUCAGUAAAGGUUCCACAGCUGAUGAAAGGGUUUUUCUGAUUGUCAGGGUGACAGUACAGCUCAGCCACCCCGCCGAAAUGCAGCUGGUUCUCCGUAAGCGAAUAUGCGUCAAUGUCUACAGCCGACAGGGUUUCGCUCAAAGUUUUCUGCGGAGAAUGUCUCACCGAAGUAGCAUUAACAACUGUGGUGUAACGGUAGAAAUUGUUUCUAAUAUUCCAGAGGACUCGCAGGGAGCAGAGGACAGAGAAGCCCUUGCGCGUAUGGCUGCAAAUGUUGAAGAUGCUGGUUCUGCCGACUCAGAGAUGUACAUGGAAAAGUAUUUGCGUAGUUUACUCGCUGUGGAGAACUUGCUAACAUUAGAUCGUCUUCGCCAGGAGGUGGCAGUGAAGGAACAGUUAUCAGGAAAAGGGAAACUGAACAGAAAGAGUCUGAGCUCACCGAAUGUCCAUCGGCUUUCAGGAAGCCGUCAGGAUUUGGGAACACAACAGAAUCUUGUAAAUAACAAAGGACGAUGGGAGAGCCAACAGGAUGUGUCUGAAACCUCACCCUACUCCAACCGAACAUCAACUUCACUCCGCCCAUCAUCUCCAAGCCAAACACAGGACCAAGGUCUCACUAGCCUGGCAGCCUCAUACCUGAGUCCUGUGAAAUCCUUAGUGCCUCAGAUGCCCAAACUCCUUAAGGCUUUGCUUCCUCUUCGUGAUGAGAAGGGCAAGCAGCUAUCUCCUCUUGUGCAACAGCACGUUCCUCGGAUUAUGGUCCAGUCUGCUAGUAUUGAUGAGAACGCUUUAAAGCCUAAAACGGUUAUCACUGAAGAUUGGAAGAAUUUCACGCCGCCAGUAGUGAAGGCUCCUUCUCCAAACCGGGAAAAGAAAACUGAGAGGACGCCCAUAGUGCCUUGUCAGCAAAAGACAUCUGAGUCUCCUGGGUCUCAAGAGGGACCUCCAAGUCCCAUUAGUGAAGUGUCCAGUGGAUAUUUCUCCCACAGUGUUUCCACAGCCACACUCUCUGAAGCAUUAGCAUCAGCAAAUGAGACUCCUACUCUUCAAUCACCCAGCCAAUCAACAUCAGCUAAUGAUGUGCAUCCAUCCUUGGAUUUAAUGCCACUAAAAGAUAUCACUGAGACUCAUCAAGUAAGCAUAGUAGAUAUUAAAGAAGAUCUAAAACCGAAGACUUUAUGUGGUGUCUUAAAUCAUACACACCAAGUUGAUAUCUCAAGUAAUGGUACUUUAACUAUUAAACCACAAGUGACAGAAAUGUCAUCUGUAGAUCUCAAUAGAAAAUCAGAGGACCCCCCUUUAGCAGGAAUUGAAGAAAGUCAUCUGUCUACCUCAUUAUCAAUGAGUGACUCUUUGCAAGAAAAGAAACAUUUUACAACUGAGGUGGAACCAUCUUUGUCAAGCUCUCCAGUUCCCAAGGAGCCUUCAGGUCUUUCUUCUAACUCACUCUACACGACUGAAGCGCCGAUUCCGGUAUCACCUUUUCUUCUUUCUUCUAAGCCAGUUGCUAACCCUGACCUUACUGCCCAGAGUAAAGUUGGAGUUUCCCCUUUUAAAAUACAAAAAGUAAGGACAUCUGAACUGAAAUCCUUCACACGUAUGCUAGGUGAUGAAGGUGAAGAUUUGUUGGCACGCUCAGAAAAAGCAACAGUCAAGCUAAAAGUUAGCAAAGAUCGCCUGGAUGUUAAAAUGGAGGGUGUUGAUGACUUACAAGAAGUGGGGUCAGACUCUGAAGAGGCACAGGUGGUUCCCGAUUGGUUGAAAGACGGAGAAUAUGUGACAGUUGGUUCUAAUAAGAAUGGCAUUGUACGAUAUGUGGGCCCUACAGACUUUCAAAGUGGUAUCUGGGUUGGCGUUGAACUCGAAAUGCCUGCUGGCAAAAAUGACGGUUCUGUUGGUGGCAAACACUACUUUAAGUGUAACCCAGGCUAUGGUGUCUUGGUUAGACCAAACAGAGUACAGAAAGCCAUGGGUGCAGCUCGUAGACGAAGUGCAGGAAUUCGCUUGCAGGGAGGUACUGCAGCAGAAAACCGAAAGAAUGGAAAUUUGUCUGGCUCAGCCGGUAAUCUUGCAGCCUUGACCGCCUUAGCCAAGCCUGAGAGAUCAACCAACCUUAAGGCAGAUGACAGAUUAGCAAAGAAGGCUGAGAAUAGAAAAUCAUGGGCUAAUUAAGUUGCUUCUGUGGAACUCACUGGGGGAUCAUGUGAUUUGUGAUACAGAACGCAUUUUAAUGGACACGUGUUGUGGCAACCAAUCUUUUUUGGUAGCUUAUGUCAACAUUUUAUAUAACGGUUUUUGCACAGUGCAUUUUAUGAAUACUUUUACUUUAUGCAAAGCACCGGUCCUUGCUGCCGUUUAUACUGGACUUACUCUUGCUUGCUCCAAGAAUUCUAUUUUCUUUUACCAUUCUGUUUGAAAACAUAUGGUUGUAAGAGUAUUACGUUUUUG